GCGCGUAGCACAGUAAUAACGUACGUGUUGUGUUUGUCUAAUGUCCUAGUAGAAAGCGUGUGUCACCGAGUCUACACCAAAACAAAAACAUUGUGUUGCUUAGGUCUUCUGUUUUCCCUUCUUUUCUUUUACCCGUUCUUCCCUUUUGACGGUUAUGUCUAUUCUCAAUUUUUCUUCAAAUCUUCAAUGGUCAAUAUUCAAAUCCUAACUCCUUCUUCCUAAUAUGCAACAACAUAUUAAUUCUCUCUCUCUUCGGUUUGAAUGCUUCUCUCUUAGAAUACUAUUUUCUUGGGUCUAACUUUGAACACACUGAUUCCUGUGUAUGAAACCAAGGACCCUGACCCUGUUCUUAUAUAUCACAACUCACACAUGAGACAUCAAAUAUAUAUCUCUCUGAUUCUCUAUAAUAUAUAAGUUGCUAGAGAUGGUGUUGGGAUGGAGGAGGAGGAAGGGAAACAGCAAGCACAGCAAAGGUGGGAAACCUGUGAUGAUGGAGUUGGUGGUUCCGAACCACUUCAGGUGUCCGAUUUCUCUUGACAUGAUGAAGGAUCCUGUGACACUGUCAACUGGGAUAACCUACGACAGGGAGAAUGUGGAGAGGUGGUUUGAAGAAGGGAACAUCACAUGUCCGGUUACCAACCAGGUUGUGAGAAACUUUGACAUGAUUCCAAACCACUCUCUCAGGAUGAUGAUCCAAGAUUGGUGUGUGGAGAAUAGGCAACAUGGGGUGGAGAGGAUUCCGACACCAAGAAUACCAAUCAGCCCAAUUGAGGUUGCUGAGCUUCUGAUGCAAGUGAAGAACUCGGCAAGGCGUUUGGACCAAUACGGCUGUCUUGAAUUGGUACAGAAAAUGAAGAAAUGGGGUGAGGAGAGUGAGAGGAACAAGAGGUGCAUAGUGGAGAAUGGAGCACCUGUGGCAUUGGCUUCAUCGUUUGAUGCAUUUGCCAAUGACUCGGUGGAGAGAAACGUGGUGGUUCUUGAGGAGAUUCUUGCAGCUCUGAAUUGGAUGUUUCCACUUCAACUUGAGGCACAGAAAUCCUUGGGAUCUUUGGCUUCUCUAAGGUGCAUGGUAUGGUUCUUGAAGCACCAAGAUCUCUCAGGGAAAGAGAAGUCCAUUGUGGCAUUGAGAGAGCUUCUUUCAUUUGGUGAUGUGCAGCAUGUGGAGGCUUUGUCACAGAUUGAAGGGGUGAAUGAGCUCUUGGUGGAGUUCAUCAACAAGAGGAUCAGUCCAACCAUCACAAAGGCCUCAUUGAGGGUGGUUUGGUACAUGGUCUCAUCCUCUUCAAAUUGCAGUGAGAAAAUGAAAUUGGCAUUUGUAGAACUUGGUUUGGUUUCUUGUUUGCUUGACAUUCUCAUUGAGUCAGAGAAGAGCAGGUAUGAGAAGGCUUUGGCCAUUUUAGACUCUCUAUUCAGCAGUGAAGAAGGAAGAAACAAAGGGUGUUGGAAUGAUCUAACAGUUCCUCUUUUGGUGAAGAGAAUUCUGAGAGUUUCACCUUUGAGCACAGACUAUUCUGUCUCUGCUCUUUGGAAGCUUUGCAAGUUUGGUGAAAAAGACGAAGGAAGAACUCUUCUUGAGGCCCUUCAAGUCGGUGCCUUUCAGAAGCUCUUGCUGGUUUUGCAAGUUGGUUGUGGUGAUGAAACCAAGGAGAAAGCAACAGAACUUCUCAAGUUGAUGAAUCCUUACAGGGCUGAAUUGGAAUGCAUAGACUCAGAUUACAAGAAUGUUAAGAGAUCAUUUUAACUUUAUCAGUGUGCUUCUUAUUUCUCUUUAAUUAUUAUCUGUAACAUUUUUUUUGCCUAAUGAUUGGAUCUCUUCAAUCUCUCUCAUGGCAUGGAUUCCAAGAAUCCACAACUAGAUAGGAAAAUAGAAAUUAUUCUUUUUGUAUAUCACAGUAGCAAUGAAAUGAUAUAUUUCAUAAAUCUUG